AUGAAUAAAACUUAUAAUUUUAUAAAUGGAUCAAACUGUUGAACAUCUGAAGAAUUGACUUAUUUCUGUUGGAGUACCACAAGACAAAGCUGCUGAAGUUGCAGAGAAAUUCAAGCAAAAUAUAUUUGCCGAAGUCGAGCAUUUAUCAUUGGAUGAUUUAGAUUCUUUAGCGAAACAAAUGCAAGCGAGAUACCCAGUAUAACUUCAUCAUAA